AUGACUCAGAAUCUGCAUGACGACAACGACCUACCCAAGUUUAUCCACAUCCCAGGUUCAGGGGAUCCUGGAAUAUGGAUGGCCACUAUAUUCCCUGACCCGGAAAGUGAGGAAUCUGCCUUGUCACCAGCAUGGAUACCUUCCCAUUUGAAAGAGAAAUGGGUGAACAAGGAUCGUAAUGAACCUGAUCACCUUCUUGAGCCAUGGAAUCGACCUCCUGAUGAUGAGGCCAACAGGAGUGAGGGCCUACAAAAGACCAUCACUGAAAUUUCAGAUGAUGCAGAUGUUGAGGCAGGAUUGCCUCUUAUAUCUCAUUAUGGAACCGGUUCGGCCAUUGUGGUCAACCAGCAAGGCGAAAUCAAGAGGAAGCAAAGACAUCUCUUUGCUACUCCUGCAACGAGUGAAGCGUCCAAGGAAUAUAGGACACGAGUGGAUGACGAUGCAGCAUAUGUCUAUAUGCUGCAUGGUCUUGAAUCAGAACGCUGA